CUUCAAAAGGGGGAGUAAUCCAAUAAAGAGGAGCACAGGAGUCGCUCCUCCAUCUCUCUUUCAAGAACCAAAGACACACACAGCACAUCACAGGACAGGAAUUGUUUGAAUCCAAGAUGGCAGAACGCUAUGACUGCCACUACUGCAAGGAGUCUUUGUUCGGGAAGAAGUAUGUUCUGCGUGAUGAGAAUCCAUACUGUGUGAAGUGUUAUGAGAGCCUCUACUCCAACACCUGUGAGGAGUGCAAGAAACCCAUUGGCUGCAACAGCAGAGAUCUGUCUUAUAAGGACCGUCACUGGCAUGAUGACUGUUUCCACUGCUUCAAAUGUCACCGUUCUUUGGUGGACAAGCCAUUCUCCACCAAGGACGAGCAGCUACUGUGUACUGAGUGUUACUCCAAUGAGUAUUCCUCUAAAUGUUUUGAGUGCAAGAAGACAAUCAUGCCAGGCUCCAGGAAGAUGGAGCAUAAGGGGAACAGCUGGCAUGAGACCUGCUUUACCUGCCAGCGCUGUCAGCAGCCUAUUGGAACCAAGAGCUUCAUUCCUAAGGACAACAAUAACUUCUGCGUGCCCUGCUAUGAGAAACAAUUUGCACUGCAGUGUGUGCACUGCAAGAAGCCAAUCACCACUGGGGGUGUGACCUACCAUGACCAGCCAUGGCAUAAGGACUGCUUCUUGUGUACUGGCUGUAAGCAGCAGCUCUCUGGCCAGCGCUUCACCUCUCGGGAUGACUUUCCCUAUUGCCUCAACUGCUUCUGCAAUCUGUAUGCCAAGAAGUGCACUGCCUGCACCACCCCUAUUAGUGGUCUGGGAGGCAGCAAAUACAUCUCCUUUGAAGAGAGACAGUGGCACAAUGACUGCUUCAACUGCAAGAAGUGUUUGGUGUCCCUGGUGGGCCGUGGCUUCCUGACGGAGAGAGAUGACAUCCUGUGUCCUGACUGUGGCAAAGACAUCUGAUCAGACAGCGCAGCACUGCAAUUCCUAACAUUUUAUUCUUUUACUAAAUAGCUUAUAUUCUUAAGAGUUCGAUAGCAAAGCUUUCAUCAAAGGUAAUAUACGUAUUUGUCUAAUAAAAGUUAUCUUUAGAUAAUUAACUUUUAAAGGGGACUGUGCAUGCUAAAGCCUAAAAUUAUUAUAAUAUUGUGUCAUGAUUUUGUGGUCUUUAGCCAAACCAAAAGAAACAUAUGCAGUGUGAAAUAAUUUUUAUUUUAGAUAUAGAGACAUAAAGGACAAGGAAUGUUACAUUUUAGUAUACUUGCCUGUGUUACCUUUUUUUUUUGUGACUAACAUUGGUUUUGACUCAUCAAUCAAUAUAUAUCAUUUAUAGCCUGUGUGAAGAAUUUGCUGGAGCACAUAAUAAACUUCUUGAAAAGACA